CAAGUGCGCGAAUACAGUGCGCAACUUCUCAAAAUGGUGGAAACCUGUGACCGAAAUUUCUAAUUUUUGUAUCGUGUAUUGAUGCAUCCGGAGAGUCAUAAACUGUUUAGUGUAGAAUGUCAGAGCAAGAGAAUUACACACAACUGGCACCUGCAGUCAUACAGGGCGAAAAUGAAGUGAACGAAUUGGUGCAAAUUUCGGAAGAGCAGCCGAGGAUAACUUUCUCAGACGGAAAGCAGACAGCUGACAUUGCCAGUGACACAGUUCCGGAAAAUGACACGAAAAUUAUAAAGAAAAUCAAAGAGAAAUCGAAAGACAGGAAGGUGUCUUUCCCCGAUGUUACAGUUGUGUCAGGUUAUGCUGAUCCACCAAACCCUUGGCAUGGAGUAAGUGGUCUCUCCACAGACAGCCUGAUCAGUGCAUACAAACAUCAUUGUGAAAAGCUGAACAUAAAACCCUUGCAACGCUUGCUAUCACAAUUACAGGUCAUUCAGGACUUUGAUGCCAGACAGGAAACUUUAUUUUUGAAGGGGGAGCGUUUAGAUGCCCGGCAUGUGGAGGCAAUUGAAGAGAUUUUCCGCCGUGUGCAGUUCAGGACUGUGGACAUGGAGGCCACCAAUUUAGAUGACGAGAGUGCCAAUGCUUUGUUUGAGAUGAUCGAGUACUAUGACAGUGCAGGUCGUCUCAACAUAGCUUUUAAUAAGAGCAUAGGCCCCAGGGGCUGGAUGAGUUGUUCUAGGCUCAUCAAAAAGGCUCCUAGCUUAGAAUACUUGGAUGUCAGGAACUGUACCAUUAGUGAUCAGGGCAUGGGUAUCUUGGGGCGCUCUCUCCGCCUGGGCUCUACACUCAGCAUUCUGCACAUGGAGAAUGUGGGGCUGGCAGGCAGACCACUCCUUAUUCUGGUUGCUGCCCUGAAGCUUAAUGAACUGCUUAGGGAAUUGUUCCUGGCUGAUAACCGUCUCAUGCCUUCAGAUGCCAUACAACUGGGAAACCUGCUCAAGUUUAACCACCGACUCAAGUUACUGGACAUAAGAAAUAAUCAUAUACAGGAUGUUGGACUAACUCAUCUAAGUGAUGGGUUAUAUGAGCAGAGCUUGGACAAUGGUCUCCAUACUUUGGUGUUAUGGAACAAUCAACUCACUUUUCAAGGAAUGCAGUCAUUGUCCAGGGCACUGUCCUCCACAAAAUGUCUACAGACAUUGAACCUAGGACAUAACAAUAUCAGCAAUGAGGGGAUAUUAAGGUUAAAGGAAGGUCUCCUACAGAACAGGUCAUUGCUAAGGAUAGGAUUACAAGCAGCCAAAAUUUCUUGUGAAGGUGCCAUAGCUUUAGCAGAAUUUGUAGCUGACAGCCCAGAACUCUUGAGGAUGGAUUUGAGAGAAAAUGACAUCAAGACUGCUGGACUGAUGGCUCUCUCAUUGUCACUCAAACACAACACAACAGUCAACAGGAUUGACUUGGAUAAGGAGCCCAAAAAAGAAAAUGGUGUUAAGGAUUAUGCUGAACAACAGGAGCGCCUUAUCCAAGACAUUAACUCUUAUUUACAAAGAAACCGUGAGUUGGCCCAGAAAAGAGCUGAGGAGCAGUCUGCGGCAUAUGAAGCACAAAAUGCCAAAGCUGCGACAGAGGAUGGUGCUUCGGAUGAGAAAUCACUGCCUGAAAAUGCCACUGAAGCCACAGAAGAACAAGUGCCUGUGGCAAAGGGGGUGACCUCUGAGGCAGAAGCUCCCCCAGCUGAUAGCUGUCAUCCUAAACAUCACCCUGACUCACUGAAGUUUGUGGAACAGGAUCAGGUACGCCCCCAGGAGUCUCUGGACUCCCCAGCCUUUGCACCAGAUGGUGCUGUCACCUUCAGUGUCAACAGCGACAAGGUCCAGUUUAUGAAAAAUGUUGGGAAUGUCAUAAAGGAGGAUGAAGAGGAAGGACACGAAGCUCAGUGUGAUGAUAAAGAUAUAGAGAAGGAUGUAGAUCAAGAGUGUCAAGAACAGGGAGCUGACAAUGACAACGAGGCUGACAAGAUGGAGGUUUCCUCACAAACUUCUGUUUUGUCACCACUUACAUCAGAAGAGCAGAUAUCAGGGGGUGACAGUGAUUCCACACUUCCUCUGUCUCAAGAUGCCAAACUCACUGAAGCCCCUGUGAAGCCUUUGAACACAGCACCCAUUCCCUGUGUCCCCCCACCAUCUUCCCUAACCCCUCUCAUGGUCCAGACUAUCCCCCUGGGAGCCUCUCCCCCUUCUUUUGACUUACCCAGGCAGACCAGCCCUGCUGCCAGUCCAACCAGAGCUAAGAGGGUGUUCCGUAUUAACAGGGUCACUGAGACAUCACCCUGCCCCUCACCAGCGUCCUCUCCUGUUGCCACACAUCCAGCAGGUGGCAGUUUUGAUGCCAUAUUAUCUUCCCAGGAGCACAUGGGAACUGUGGAAAAAACACAGACUGAGGUUCAUGAAAACACAGGUCCUUCUCUUGUCACUCACAGCUCUGAGACUGAGAAAGAAACUAAUGAUAAGACCCCUAAUGAAGCUGCAAGUGUGGAGGAGACUCCAGUUGUGACUGGCACAAAUCUUGAAGCUGGCGACUCCAUCAAAGUAACUGAUGAGACCACAGUGCAAUUACAGCACACUGGAGAAAAAGAUAAUGCUGGGGUUUCUGAGUCAACUGUAGACUCAAGGGCCCAUAUACAGCACUGUGGGGUUACAGGAGAUAAGUCUGACAAUGGUGAAGAGCCAGUAUUACUGAACACUGGUGAUGGUAGUCUUCAGGCUGGCCCUGAGACAGAUGGACAGAAGGCUGAGAACUAUGUGGUUGAUAUUCUUCAAGGUGCUGUGAAAACAUAUCAGGAAAAACUUUGUGAAGACCCAGAAAAAACGGAGUCAGCUGCAAUUGAAAGCCAUAUAGCUGACCAUAGUGUGCAAUGUCCUUCUGAUGAUAGUGCAAAUGUAGACGUAGACAGUAGUACUAGUGAUGUGCUUGUGGUGGGUAAUAAAACAAAAGAAAACAAACUUGAGACAACGCAGUGUGACUCUGCUCAAGACAAUAGUUUGCUUACUUCUUGCACAAAAACUUGUGACACAGCAAACGUCCAAACCACUAUGUCUGCAGGGGGUGAGGAUGUGGCAGAAAACACCACCCCACCAGAUCUCUGGGAUGUUGAUGAAGGAGAAAAUGAGGAGAAGCCAGACUUCCAUUCCAGUCUCACCAUGAAUGGCAUGACCAGGGAAUUGGCCAAAGUACUGGACAGUCUAGAGGAAACUCCUCAAGAACCUUCUACACCCAAUGACCUGAGGGAGAUGGUAGCUGCAGCUCUCAGUGAACAGACAACAGAAAACGAGACAACAGAGGAAGUUCCACAAGAAGAUACUUCUGAGAACACUUAGGGCCUCCACAUGUUGCUAACAAUUCUGUCUGCCUGCUGCUGCACAGUGGGCUCAACAAGUGUUGUGUUAAAGCUGGUGCAAAAUUGACUCUGCUUGGAAUAUGUGUCUGUGCUGAAGUCUUUCCUGACCUCCUUUCAAGUUUAGAUUUUCAAAAAUUUUUCAUAAUAGUAAUAAUGAUAAUAAUAAGUGAAGGGUUUGGAUGUGGAGACAUGUUUUCAUCUUUUACAUAUGUAUUUAGAAUGGUUUGACAUUUAUUUAAUUCGUUGGUUCUGUCAACUGUUGGGACAAAACUGGCUAGUCUUGGGUGUAUAAAUAAAGAAUAAUUUGGUGAUAUAUAUGCCCAAUAAUUAAAUAAGCAUUUUAUUUCAAAUAAAUCAGAAUAUCAUAGAUUAGCUUUGUUGCACUUGUCAUAAGACAUGUUCUCAACAUUUGAAAUUCUAAAUACUUAUAUUGAAUCAUAAUUUUUGAAGAUGAAAAUAUGUCUUUAUCGACAAGGGGGUAUUUGCUCAGAUCUUCCUAUAUCACCUUAGUUUUAUUUUUUCUGCUAAUUUGAAGCAUAUUAAAUUAUCAACUCUCAUACAUUGUGGUUGUAUAAUGUUGGAUUAGUAAGUGCAAUUUAUAUUUAUCAUCCUUUGAUGACUGAAUAUUUCAUUGAAGGCAGUGGUGCAGUUUUACAGUGCUUGAACAUAAAUUAUUUUAUUUCGAACAAAGUAUUCAUAAUCAUGGACUGUAAGUGACUAAUACAAGAUGAGUCUUUCCUCUACUUUGACUAAUAGUCUUCUUCACUUAAAUUAUAUUUUUGACCAGAAGGUACCCAAUUUUGACACCAUUUUUUAAAACUAACAUUUAUCACCAACUUGAACAGUGAAAGCAUGAGUGACUGGAGCUCCAAAGAAAUUUAGUUUCGAUUUAUUAACCAAUUUAUAGUGGAGUUUUAGCCAUUGAAUCCUGUUUGUAAGUUUGAAAGAAUUCAGUUCAAUUGUCUGUUCAUGUUCCUGUAUUUUUUGUUUAGAUAUCUUAUGAUCUCAGACUUCAUAUACAAAGUUGUGAUAUAAUUUCUUGAAAUUUUAUGUUGUUUGGUACACGGUGUGAAGCAAGUGGGCCAAACAAGUAUCCACAUUUAUAGUUGAGCAUACCAAUAUAUACAUGUACAGGAAUAUAAAAAUGGCAGUAGUUCCCAGAUUGAAGCGACUGCUUUUCCUGAAACUUAUAGGUGACAAGGAUUGAUCAGGGGGAUGAAGUUGCUGCUGAAGAAUUUUCCUUUUGCCAAUUUUUCAUUGAGGGGUUCCCUUCUUUUGGUUUGUCUUUUUAGUUUAGUUAGACAUCAAGCUCUUUGCACAAUGCCAGUUAUGGUGACCUACUUCAGAAGAGCCAUGUGAUGGGACUCAUGAACCACGCAAUGUAAAAGCAGGGCACUAGUUAUUUCAUUUAGAAGCAUGUAUAAAUUGGCUUCCAGAGGUCUGUGAUUCAUUUAGGCAGGAUGCUGUGUAGAUAUGAACCGAUACAAAGAUUAUUGAUGCAAUGAUAAGAAUUAUUGAACUUGAUGUAAUUUAUAACAAAAUAAAAGGACUUAAUGAGAUGA